AUCGUGCACGCUUCAUUAUGGCCGUUGCAUUGUUCAAUGCAGAUGAACACGAGGAUGCAAUGAUGUCAGUACACGAGGCUAGCUAGGGCAUUGGCUGACAUCAUUCCGGUAAAGCAAGCACUACGAUGGAUCUCAUCAAGAACCAAUACACAUACAACCUGAAAAACUGUCAAGGAGGCACUGCUGUUCACCUCUCAGGCGACGAUUACUACACCGUCAUCGGUUUUGACCCCCACGAUGGCUCUAAUCAGGCGUGGACCUUCCAGCAGCGUGAUAGCGACCAGAACGGGUGGUUUAUAAAGUCUUCCCACUCUGGAAAAUACCUCGGGAUCAAAGGCAGCCCUCAAAAUGGCACCACGGUUGUUGUUGGAUCAGACCCCUUCAAGUGGGAUGUCAAAGAAUCAGACGUCAAAAGAGUUGAAGGCAUUAGGAUAUUGAUCCAUGGCACGAGAUUCUGUUCAAACCUAGAUGGGGGGAAAUCAGCAAACCACACGAAAAUUCACCUUUGGGACAGUGGUGGUGGCGCCAGUAAUAUUUGGGCACUUACCGAGCAAGUUUCCAUUGAGGAUCAGCACUGAAGACCAAGACACUGAUUCAAAGGCAUGUUUCCACCCUAGGCUUGUAUAAUGUAAUACGAGGAUACUUCAUGCAGAUCCUCCCUAUGACUAUAAAUGUCCGUGAAGCAUUUAUCAUGGGAGACUUGUCAAAGGCUGAAAAGCUACUUGCACAAGAGAUCGAAGCUGACGCC